UUGCCUUCGCGCGGCGCAAUGACGUCAUGCAGCCCACAAACGCGCACUAGGAGGCUGCAGGCCCUGAAUUUCGACAUAGCUGUUAUGGCAAUCCCAAAUUCAGAGAUGUUAUCCGUAGUUCACCUGAAGGCAGCGCGGAUAACGCAUAGCUAAUGGGGUACACUGUACUCUAGCGGUGACACGUGAAGGCAGCGUGGGCAAUUUGCAAUCAGAAAGAGCCACUGUGCCUUGUUCCGUCAUAGGGACACGGGCGACAGCAUGGAGUAUUGCGUCUUGAGUUUGAAGGAUACGCCGAAGAAGACCUACGAAUUGCAGCACCUUGUUGUUCCGUCAUACGGGCACAGGCGGCAGCAGUGAGUAACGCGUCUUGAGUGGAAGGAUAAGACGAAGAAGACCUACAAUUGGCGGACACGAUUUUACAAAGGUGUCACCGCACCUUUUCGGACUGGAUGUGGGACCUCAUAGAUGACACACACGUUUUCAAAGAUAGGAAAACAUACUUUUCUCUAUCAGGACUUUUCAAAGCCAUUUUGUCUUCUGUGAUCAUGGAGGGGGAUGAUAUGGAAAUGACCAAAGAGGAGCUCCAGAGAUGGGUUUCAGAGCGAGUGCAAAAUAUUGGUGUGAUCUCGCCUGAUAUGCUGGAGAAAUGCAGUCUUUUGCGGAGUCUACUGAAAAGGAGGAAAAAACAAGCUCAACGUCUCCUGAAACUCUGCGAGUCUGUCGCUGAGUGUGAAGUCAUUGUGAAGGAGCAGUAUGCUUCGCUGGGGUGGGAAUACAAAGACGCAGAUUCUGAUGACGAUAAUGUCACAAUCUACGAAAUCCAUUCUUCCCAAUGUGAUCCUGAGACACGCAUCCCUAGUAGUCCAUCGACAAGUUGCAACACUUCAUCAAAUGACGACUUCAACGAUAGUCAUGGCAAGACCUCUUUAACAACACAAGCCGAGGAGAACUCGGCCAAAGCAACCAAAUGCAAAGUACAGGCUUUGCCUCAACAAAGUCCUGACGACCAACGCAGUAAGGAAGACCGCUUGCGCCCCUUUUCGUCCGAUUUGGAAGAUUAUUCUACGGAGCCGUCCUCAAGCAAGAGGAGACGUCUCAUGAUGAUUGAAACACCACCAGCCAACGCAAACGCAGUGGAGUCAAAUAUAUGCUCACCGGAAACCAGCCAAAUAGAAAAGGACAUUGUGAGCAAGACAAAGGAAGAAAGAAAACCAGCAGAAAAUCACACGGCAAGCAAGAUAAAAGACACAAGAAAACUAGCAGAAAGUGACACUGUGAACAAGAUAAAGAAAAGACAACCAGCAGAAAAUGACACAGCAAGCAAGGCAUGGGAGAAAAGGCCGCUAGCAGAAAAGGACACAGCAAGCAAGACAAGCGAAACAAGAAGACUAGCAGAAAAUGACACAGCAACCAAAGCAGGGGAGAAAAGAAAACUAGCAGAAAAUGACCCAGCAAGCAAGACGAGGGAAACAAGAACACGAGCAGAAAAUGACAAGGCAAGUAAAACAAAGGAAACAAGAACACGAGCAGAAAAUGACAAGGCAAGUAAAACAAAGGAAACAAGAACACGAGCAGAAAAUGACAAGGCAAGUAAAACAAAGGAAACAAGAACACGAGCAGAAAAUGACAAGGCAAGUAAAACAAAGGAAACAAGAACACGAGCAGAAAAUGACAAGGCAAGUAAAACAAACGAAACAAGAACACGAGCAGAAAAUGACAAGGCAAGUAAAACAAAGGAAACAAGAACACGAGAAGAAAAUGACACAGUGAGCAAGACAAGGGAAGCAAGAGAGCCAGCAGAAAAUGGCACAGCAAGCACGACCAGGGAGAAAAGAAAACUAGCAGAAAAUGACACAACAAACGUGACAAAUAAAAGAAAACGAGUGGAAAAUGGCACAGCGAGCAAGAUGAAAGAAAGAAAACUACUGCAAAGCGACGUUGUGAACAAGAUAAAGAAGAAAAGGAAACCGGCAGAAAAUGACACAAGCAUGACAAAGGAAACAAGGAAACCAGCAGAAAAUGACACAGCAAGAACGGCAAAGGAAACAAGGAAACCAGCAGAAAAUGACACAGCAAGAACGGCAAAGGAAACAAGGAAACCAGCAGAAAAUGACACAGCAAGCACGGCAAAGGAAACUAGGAAACCAGCAGAAAAUGACACAGCAAGCACGGCAAAGGAAACAAGGAAACAAGCAGAAAAUGACACAGCAAGCACGGCAAAGGAAACAAGGAAACAAGCAGAAAAUGACACAGCAAGCACGACAAGGGAGAAAAGAAAACAAGCAGAAAAUGACACAGCAAGUACGCCAAGGGAGAAAAGAAAACCAGCAGAAAAUGGCACUGCAAGCAAGACAAAGGGAACACGAAAACCAGCAGAAAGUGACACACGAAGCAAGACGAGGGAAGCAAGAAAACCAGCAGAAAAUGAGACGGCAAGUAAGACGAGGGCUAAAAGAAAACCAGCAGGAAAUGACACAAGCAGGACAGGAGAGAAAAGAACACAAGCACAAAAUGACACAACAAGAAAGACAAUGGAAAGAAGAAAAUCAGCUGAAAAUGACACAGCAAGAAAGGAAAGGGAAAGAAUUGAAGCAGCACAAAAUGUUGCAGCAGCGGUGGCCAUAACAUCCUGUGACCAGUCUACGAAGAUUUCAUCAAAGAUGCCCAAAAAAGUACUCCAAGUUGAGAUCACAGAGAAUAUGAAGGUUUUGGCCAAGAGGAACAAUUUGUGCUGGCAACGUGGGAAAGUGAAGAAAAUUGUCAAAAUUGCAGAUAAUGUGCUCAAAUACAAAGUCCGAUUGGACCAGAAAGGCAAGUGCCUCGUCUCCGCACACCACCUGGCCUUUGAGAGCACCCACAUGGUGGACUACUUGUAUAUUGGCGCUAGGGUGGUGGUGGGCGGCAAGGAUGAAGAUCACUUUCGGCCCGGCAUUCUGGCAGAAUUCCCCAGCAAAAAGAACCAACAGAGAUUUCUCGUGUUUAUUGACGAUCAGGUGCCGAUCUACGUUGGCUUAUAUCAUCUUCACCUGGUGUGCACACCUUUACCGGAUCCUGUGGACGACAUCGCCGAUCCUUCCCACAGGGAUUUCAUCAAGUUUUAUUUAAAUGUCUGGCCUUGCCCUCCCCAAACCCAAUACAAAAUUGGACAAAGUUUUGAAGUGGACUUAAAUGGAGUUCAGCAGAGCUGUACCGUCCUGACGACCGACGGUAGCCUGAUGCAGGUCCUCUUUGCGGAAAGUCAACGUAAAGGAUGGAUCUACAGGGGUUCAUUGUGCUUGGAACCCAUCCGUCGGAUGAAGAAGUUUUAUGAGUUGAAAAAUAAAAGUGGAAGGUAAUGUUGGUGGACAGUGGGGAGCGGGAGUCUUAAUAAAAUCAUGUAAUGCUUGUC